GGUUGGCUUGUCUGUGUUUGUUUUAGUGUUUCCUCUGGGGCAAUUGCUCUCUGGUUAGUGGCUUCUGCUGCAAACUUUCCUGUGCCCAGGUCCCAAGAGGGUUGACGGGCUGGGCAUAUUGGCCCUUACUGCAUUGGACUAUAGGGGCUUGGGGUUGUCAAAAUGCCUACAAAAGCAAAAGGAAAGAAAGGUGGGAAGCCAGUUAAACAGCCCAAACGGCCCGCUCCUCCUCCAUCCUCUUCGGAUGAUGAGGAUGAUGAGAUGACCCUGAUUAGGGGUCUGAUAGGCAGGAUGGAUGCUUUGGAAAAAGCCCGUGGCGCGCCUUCUGAUAGCGGUGCUGGUCCUUCUGGUGGGGGGGGUGUUCCUCCUCCUAAGGCGCCUCGCAGGACUAGGGGGGCGACUAGGUCUCAAUUACUAAAAUCAAUCUCUGCUAGGUUGGAUGCCUUGGAAAGCGGUGGGGCCCCCGCUGGCCCCGUUCCUCCCUCAGGUCCGGAUGAUCUCCCCUCUCCUGUUGGCAUUGUUCCUGCGGGGCCUGCCCCGGUGGCCCCUUUGCCGCUGCCUGUGGACCCGGCUCCUGUGCUGCCUUCUCCAUUGCUCCCAUCGCCAGCUGCACCUGUGGAUUCUUCUCCAGUGGACCCUCAAGUACCGGCUGUUCCGGGUGCUGGUGGGGCGGCGGCUCCGGUCCAGGUCCUGAUCUGCGGCCACUCGCUGGUCUUUUGGGCUUUCAAGCGGGCCAGCACCUCCCAUUGGGGUUCGCAGCUCGGGUUCGGGUGAAGAGCCUCGGUGUAUUGGCUGGGCAUGCGGGGCAUGCUGUGGAGUCAGCUGCUGCCGGCCCUCAGGGAUCACUUAGAUAGGUUUCCUAUGCCAUCGGUUCUUAUCCUUCACCUGGGUGAAAACGAUUUGGGCAGGCGGACUGGUCUGUCCAUUGUGCAGCAGGCCGCCUCCGAUUUGGCCACAUUGCGCAGGUGGAUGCCCGGGAUCCGUAUCCUAUGGGUCAAUUGGCUUCAGCGCAGGGUUUGGCGCGCAGCGCUUGAUGGGUCCCGAUUGGAAAGGGCCCGCCGCAAGGUCUCAGCCGCCAUAGGUAAGAUGAUAGUGGGUGCUGGAGGGGGUGUUGUUAGACAGUCGGACUUAGUGGCCCGUUUCCCUGAACUAUAUCACCCAGACGGGGUCCAUCUUUCGGAGGCUGGGUGUGACUUGUACCUGCGCAAUAUUCGGGGUGGGCUUGCUGCACUUUUGGAUGGUCUGGGGCAGGGAGGCCAAGCAAUGGCUGACCUCCCUGAGUGGCAGUGACAGUGCGGGCUAAGGGGUAAGUGGUUGGUUAGAGUAUGGUGAGCACCCUUGGGUAUUGUAAGGUGGAAUGGUUAAUCACUCCUUUGUAGCCUGUGCGGCACGGGGAGAUAUUGAUUGCCAGGAAGCCUGCUUAGGGACUUCAUCAACCUUUGGGCUGUGCGGUCCGGGGUGGGUGAAGACCUUUGAGCUGUCCAGAUCCCCUCCUCUAUGGUGGGGGGUUGGCUUUGAAGGUGACAGGUGGGGUAUACCCACCUGUUUCCUGAGCCAGGGUGUGUCGCCCAUGUCAGGUGAUGUAUAGGAUGAUAGCAUCCUAUAUCAUGCCUAGGGGCCCGCACUGUUCUACGUUGGUGAUUAAUCACCUGUUUUUUCCAGUCCGUUCCUGCCUAUUGGUUUAUCAAUAAACGUGGCCCUUUUCACCCAUUUUAUGUCUCUGUGUCUUCUUGGGCCGGGGUCUGGGGACAAUUCCCCUCCCCUUCGCCUCGUGCGGGGGGGAGGGAGUUUGUUCACAGCCUCCUGCACGAGGCCCUUGAAGUGGCCGGAUUGGCCAGAUUGAAGUAGGGGGCGUGGUUUCGGCUGGAGCGAGGCCGUUCCAUGCUCUAACUCCUCAGUGCGGUCCAAGGUCUCCCCGCCCUCCCUCCCUGAUGCAGAGCGGGUCUAGUGACUGGUCGCUUCGGGGCCGAGUAGGAAUUUUUUUUGCUCCCGCUAAUUGGCCGUUGCCAGGGUUUUUUUCGCCUACUCCGUUCUGUACUCAGCUGUUAGUGAGUUUAGGUUGGCCACGUGGGCAGUGACAGUGCGGGCUAAGGGGUAAAUGGUUGGUUAGAGUAUGGUGAGCACCCUUGGGUAUUGUAAGGUGGAAUGGUUAAUCACUCCUUUGUAGCCUGUGCGGCACGGGGAGAUAUUGAUUGCCAGGAAGCCUGCUUAGGGACUUCAUCAACCUUUGGGCUGUGCGGUCCGGGGUGGGUGAAGAACUUUGAGCUGUCCAGAUCCCCUCCUCUAUGGUGGGGGGUUGGCUUUGAAGGUGACAGGUGGGGUAUACCCACCUGUUUCCUGAGCCAGGGUGUGUCGCCCAUGUCAGGUGAUGUAUAGGAUGAUAGCAUCCUAUAUCAUGCCUAGGGGCCCGCACUGUUCUACGUUGGUGAUUAAUCACCUGUUUUUUCCAGUCCAUUCCUGCCUAUUGG